AUGACGACAUUUUCCUCUGAUCAGCUGAACUUUUUCAAGUUUUCCACUGUUGUUUUUGACGAAUUUCCAGUCGCCCUGCGCAAAGUGUUUGAGUUAUUGUGGAAUAAACAAACCGCUCCUCCACCCGGUUUUCGGUUAUGGGAUGACAUGUCACUGGUUCGGAACUUGUUCCUCAACAAAGAAAGACUGAGAAGAAGAAAACUGAAUGUGCCAACCAGUAAAUCCUUUAUGGAGUGGGACUGUACAGAUCUGUUUGAUGCCACACUCUAUGCUGAAAGCUUUGCCAUGCCAGAUGGGAAAGGAGGGCUUGCUACCCUAGGGAAACUGUACGUGAAACCUCGUGGCUUGUCACCACCAUUUCACCACUCCGUUAUCAGCCCUUCUGGAAACCAAGCUGAGACAUUCGCCUUAGCUUUGGACCAGCUUCGCUUGCUGCGAAACUCCCUUUGCCACCAAACAAGUACACAGAAGAUUGACAAGGCAACAUUUGAUAACUACAUACAGCUUUCCAAAGAUGCCAUUAGGGCACUCGGACAAAGUACGACAAAAAUCGAUGAUGUGGGAAAGCUUGGUGAGAAAGAUUUUCCCACUUCUAGAGUUCAACAGCUAGAGGAAGAAUUGAGGAGAGAGAGAUUUAAACAGAUUGAAGAUAAUCAGGCCCAAAUGGACGCUAAAAUAACAAAUCUCGGAUCAGACAUGAAAGACCUCAACACCAGCCUUAAAUCAGGAAUAACAGAUAUUAAUACAAAGCUAGAAAACGUCAAAUCGGACGUGAAAGAUGUCGAAACUGAAGUAAUUAAUGUUAAGACUAAAGUGGAAGGAGUAACGUCGGACGUGAACUUUGUCAAGAACGAGGUAACAACCUUUAACCCAAAAGUAGAAGAAAUGCGAUCAGACUUGAGAGGUAUGAAACCUCUCGUAAAAUCAAUCGAGACUAAAACGAAAGAGGUCGGAUUGUACGUCAAAGAUAUAAGAACAAGAGUGACUGACAUAAAGACAAAAACAGAAGAUAUCGAAGCACUCGGAAAAAAAAUAAAGAAUGGUAUGGCAGAUGCUAGGGCAAAAGUAGAAGAUGUUGGGUCUAACGUUAAAGGACUCUCAACUGGAGUAACAGCGGUGAAGACAAAAGUAAAAGAGACCCGGUGGGAGGUAAAGGAAGUGAAAAAUGAAGUAACAGGAAUGAAGACAAAGGUGGAAGAUAUCGGUUCUGACGUGAAAGGAGUGCAAAGUGGUGUAACAGAUGUGAGAUCAAAAGUGGCAAGUCUAGGGUCAGGCAUGAAGGAUAUGCAAAGGGACGUGACAGAUGUGAAGACACAACUUAAGAAUGCGAAUGAAUCAGUCAAAUCUAGAGUAGCGGAAAUCGAGAGAAACGUUAUUAAAGACAUUAGGUCUUACGUGAAACCUGUAAAGGGGGGAGUGACAGAUUUGAAGACGAAUGUGCAAGAAAUCAGAUCAGAUACGAAAGAUGUGAAAACCGGUGUAGCAGAGGUAAGAUCAAGAGUCAGCAAUGCCGGAUUAGACCUUAAAGAUGUAAAGUCUCGAGUAACAGAUAUGAAUACAAAAUUGCAAUAUGUACACUCGGAAAUGAAAGAAGUGAACAAAAAUGUACCAGGUGUAAAGACAGAGAUAAACAACGUCCAGGACCAAGUAACAAAGGUGAAAACAACAGUGGAACAGACGCGGUCAGACGUAAAAGCUAUAAAACCUCAUUUAACCUCAAUCGACACGAAAGUGACUGGAGUCGGGUCAGACGUGAAAGAUGUAGAAAACAGAGUAAGAGAUGUUAAGGCAACACUGGAAGAGAUAGGGUUAAAGUUACAAACAGAAGUAAACGAUGUUAAGAUAAGAAUGGCAGAAUUGAAAGAGGAAGUAAGAACUCGGAUUGAUAUCAUAGCACAAGCAAUGCUACCUGGAAUCACAAAAGGUAAGUUUUACUAAACAGCUGAAUGCUUGGGCUAUCGAGGAGAAGCUAAGAGAAAAUAAGUAGGUUGACGUUUCGACAACCUGUGCGGUAGUCAUUUUCCUAGUCAAAGUCUUUGUCUUUUAUAUAGCCUAGAUUUGACUACCGCACAGGUUGUCGAUACCCUCACAAAACUGACUUUAGUAACCCCCGCCCCCAAGGUUAGGAUUUUACGGAGGGUUAUAACGCAAAAGUAAAUGUCAGAGUAUAUGUCCAUUACGCCUAAAUUUGGAGGGCUGGAUAGCCCCUACUUACACAAAACUUUACCAAGUCAUCCCCCGGAAUUGAAGAUACUGAGUUAAUAAUUGAUAGUGUUCAUUUUUCGACGGACAAAAUCCCAUUUUAUGAACAGGAUCUGACGUUCAGGCAGCCUAGUUACAAGGCCCCCAUUGAAUAGUUAUAGCAAAGGAAGACUGGCUACUAUGCUUUAGAUCGACCUCGAUUAUCUCAGUCGAAUAUUGUGAAAUUUUGAGUUGGCGCCUAGCCAAAUACGAUAAAAAUAUUUUUAACGGUUUAUUCAGUUCUAAAGAAAAGCGUUUUGCCAAAAAACUUGUGCCAUUAUACUGAAGGUAGUACCUCAGACUUGCCCUCGACAAAAAAAUGAGCUGAAUCGAUUUUUGACCGUGGCCACAAACUUUUGAUAUUUCUUUGAUUUUUACAGACAUUCACUCUUUAGUUAAAUCCUAAUCCCUAGCUGGAGAAAACAACCGAUGAGUUAGUUGGUAGCGUCGGUCGUUUACUCAGGCCAUAUAUCCUGCCCCCAAAACUGGACUCAGGUGAAAACACUCUAAGUGCUGUCUAAACAAAAUGAAGCGACUAUUAAAAUAAUUCCCUAACAAAAAUACUGGGAUAUGCUGAUUUAUAAAAUAACUAAGAUAGUACGCGCGUUCUGAUUGGUUAAAAACCUAUCGUUUAUUGUGCCGGUAAACUCAUAGAAAACCGAAACAUUUUCCGUUUUACUUAAAGUUAUUUUAUAAAAGCAAUAGACCACACUUUCUAUGGGUUUACCGGCGUGAUAACCCACUUAAUAUGUUGGAAGAACACUCGAAAAGCUUGUAAAAUCACUCGCCUUCGGCUCGUGAUUUACAAGCUUUUCUCGUGUUCUCCCAACAUCCCGCGUGGGGUUUCACGCCGGUAAACCCAUAGAAAGUGUGGUCUACUGCUUAAUUAAGGCAAUAACUACUAAAUUUAGAAAAAUGUUUUUAUUGAAGGUCAUACCCUUGUUAACUCAUGCCAAACGGAAAUUGUACCAAACUUCUCGUCCCCUGAAUUAGAGGAGCAAGAGGUGAGAUACAACAAACGACCCUUGGAUGAUUUGAAAAGCGAAGCAGACGUACCUUCCGGAUCGAAAGUGCUUGGUCAAAACGAAGAACACAGCAACUACAUGCGUGGCUUGAAACUGCUGAGCCAAGGAGACUACAAAGGAGCUUUGGAAUAUUUACAGAAAGCUGCCGAUCUGAGUUCACAACGGCUUGUUAAGAAUCAAGAUGUCGCGCGUACGUUUUAUCAUCUGGGGGUUGUGCAACGCGACACGAAGAACCUUAAAAGUGCUACAGCAUCAUUACAGAUAGCAGCAGACAUGAACUUAGACCUGCUUGGUGAACAUGAAGUCACAGCUUGUUGCUUUUUUACCCUUGGAAUGGUGCAAAGUGACAUGGGAGACGACAAAGGUGCCUUAGUUUCCCUACAAACAGCUGCAGAGAUGACAUUCAGUCUGCUUGGAGUACAUAAAGACACGGCUUGUAGUUACUUCAACCUUGGUAGAGUACUGUAUGAAAUGGGAGACUACAAAAGAGCAUCAGAGGUUUUACACCAGGCAGCAAACAUGUACUCGAGCCUGGUUGGUGACCAUGUGGACACAGCCCUCAGCUAUUUUUAUCUCGGUUUAGCGCAGCUCAUUCGGAAGGCCAAUGCAAGGAUGCUUUGGAAUCUGUACAUAAAUUGCUAAAUAUGAAGAAUUUGAAUUUUCAAGCCGAUCACAAACAGACGGAGUAUCUUAGUUACCUUGUCCUUGGCUUAGUGCAUCGUGCCUUGGGAGACCACGGAAGAGCUAUGGAGUCUCUGAAAAAGGCAGCUGUCACGAUUUUAAGCCUCCUUCAAGAUGACGGCCAAGAUAAGGCAGAUCACCAAAUUGCACUUGGUUUUGUGCAGCUUUUGAUGGGAGACGACAAAGAAGCUGUGGAUUCACUACACAAAGCCGUAGAUAUAAAUGUACAUCAGCUUGGUGUACACAGGGAAACGGCAAUUAGUUACUUUAAUCUCGGUUUUGUGCAGUUUGCUCUUAAGGACUUAAAACCAGCAAUGCAAUCCCUUCAAAAAGCGUUAGACAUGUACCAAAACCUGCUUGGUGAGCACAAAAGCACUGCGUCUUGCUACCAUUGGCUAGGAGUGGUGCAGCACGCUUUGGGGGAUCUCGGGCUUGCUAAUGAGUUUCUCAAGAAAGCAACAAUUAUGAGCUCAGACCUCCUUGGAGAGCACGAAAACACAGCCUCAAGUUUUGAAAACCUUGGCCUUGUGCAGCGGGAUAUGGGGCAAAGCAAAGAAUCUUUGAAGUCUCUGGAGAGGGCAGCAGACAUUAGAUCAAAAGUGCUUGGAGAUCACUCACAUACGGCGCGUAGUUUCUACCAACUAGGGAUCGUGCAGCAUGAGAUGGGGAAACUUAAAGAAGCUGUCGAGUCUCUAAUGAAAGCGGCCGACAUGAACACUGGCGAUUAUGAAUUCACGGCUUCUUGCUUCUUUACCCUUGGUAUAGUGCAGAGUAAAAUUGGUGAAACUGAAGGCGCCUUAGUCUCUCUACAAAUAGCAGCGGAUAUGAGAUCAAAUUUGCUCGAGGAACUCGAAGACAAAGCAUGCAGCUACAGCAAUCUCGGUGCAUUACUGUAUAAAGUGGGGGACCGAAAAAAAUCGCUAGAAUUAGGCACUGCAGACAGUUACCAAAACCUUGGUGAAUUGCAGCAGGUAGCAGGAGACCACAAAAGAGCCUCAGAAUCGCUACAGAAAGCGGCAGACAUAAGAACGAAUGUCCUUGGUGAUCACAAAGAUACGGCGCGUAGCUACUUCUUUCUCGGUAUUGUCCAGCGCCACUUAGGAGAUAGCCAGAGGGCGAUGGAAACUCUAAAGAAAGCGGCAGACAUUCAGUCAACACUGGGUGGUGAUCACAUAGAGGCGGCAGGCUGUUUCUUCACUCUUGGUUUACUACAGCACAAUAUGGGAGACCUCAAAGGAGCCUUAGAGUCUCUACAGAAAGCCGCAGACAUUAACUUAAAUCUGUGGGGUGUCCAUGAAAUCACAGCACGUUGCUUUAACGUGCUUGGGUUAGUACAGCAUGACAUAAACGACAAUAAAAGGGCAGUGGAAUCGUUGCAAAAAGCGACAAACAUAACACUUAAUGUGCUUGGUGAAGAUGAAAACACGGCAGAGAGUUACCACAAACUCGGUGAAUUGCAGCGUAUAACAGAAUACCACGAAGGAGCCUUAGAAUCGCUACAGAAAGCGGCAGACAUAAGAACGAAUGUCCUUGGUGAUCACAAGGACACAGCAGACAGUUACUUCAUCCUUGGGUUGGUCCAUUGCGACUUAGGAGAUGGCCAGAGGGCGAUGGAAACUCUAAAGAAAGCGGCGGACAUUCAGUCAACACUGUGUGGUGAUCAAAUAAAGACUGCACGCUGUUUCUUCACUCUUGGUUCACUACAGCACAACAUGGGAGACCUCAAAGGAGCCUUAGAAUCCCUACAGAAAGCAGCAGACAUUAACUCGAAUCUGCGUGGUGUCCAUGAAAUCACAGCACGUUGCUUUUACAUGCUUGGGUUAGUACAACAUGACAUAAACGACAAUAAAAGGGCAGUGGAGUCGUUACAAAAAGCGGCAAACAUGCAGCUUAAUGUACUUGGUGAACAUGAAAACACGGCAGAGAGUUACCACAAACUCGGUGAAUUGCAGCAUAUAACAGGAGANUUAGAAUCCCUACAGAAAGCAGCAGACAUUAACUCGAAUCUGCGUGGUGUCCAUGAAAUCACAGCACGUUGCUUUUACAUGCUUGGGUUAGUACAACAUGACAUAAACGACAAUAAAAGGGCAGUGGAGUCGUUACAAAAAGCGGCAAACAUGCAGCUUAAUGUACUUGGUGAACAUGAAAACACGGCAGAGAGUUACCACAAACUCGGUGAAUUGCAGCAUAUAACAGGAGACCAAAAAGGAGCCUCAGAAUCGCUACAGAAAGCGGCAGACAUAAGAACGAAUCUUUUUGGUGAUCACAAGGACACAGCAGACAGUUACUUCAUCCUUGGUGUAGUCCAGCGCCACUUAGGAGAUAGCCAGAGGGCGAUGGAAACUCUAAAGAAAGCGGCGGACAUUCAGUCAACACUGGGUGGUGAUCAAAUACAGGCGGCAGGCUGUUUCUUCAAUCUUGGUUCACUACAGCACAACAUGGGAGACCUCAAAGGAGCCUUAGAGUCUCUACAGAAAGCCGCAGACAUUAACUUAAAUCUGCGUGGUGUCCAUGAAAUCACAGCACGUUGCUUUUACAUGCUUGGGUUAGUACAGCAUGACAUAAACGACAAUAAAAGGGCAGUGGAAUCGUUGCAAAAAGCGGCAAACAUGAGGCUUAAUGUGUUUGGUGAAAAUGAAAACACUGCGGAGAAUUACCACAAACUCGGUGAAUUGCAGCAUAUAACAGGAGACCAAAAAGGAGCCUCAGAAUCGCUACAGAAAGCGGCAGACAUAAGAACGAAUCUCCUUGGUGAUCAAAAAGAUACGGCGCGCAGCUACUUCAUCCUUGGUGUAGUCCAACGCAACUUAGGAGAUAGCCAGAGGGCAAUGGAAACUAUAAAGAAGGCGGCGGAUAUGCAUUCAACACUAAUUGGUGAUGAUAUAGAGACGGCAAGCUGUUUGAACACUCUUGGUUUAGUACAGCGCAACAUGGGAUACCAAAAAGGAGCCUUAGAGUCUCUACAGCAAGCAGCAGACAUAAGAACGAAUCUCCUUGGUGCCGAUCACAAAGAUACGGCGCGCAGCUACUUCCUCAUUGGUGUAGUCCAACACGACUUAGGAGAUCAUCAGAGGGCUUUAGAGGCGCUGAAAAAAGCGGUAGAAAUUCAGUCAAGUCUGCUUGGUGAUCACAAGGACACGGCAGACAGUUACUUCAACCUUGGUGUGGUCCAGCGUGACUUAGGAGAUCACCAGAGGGCUUCAGAGUCGCUGAAAAAGGCGGCAGACAUUCAGUCAAAACUGCCUGGCGAUCAUGAAGACAUUGCACGCAGUUACUUCAUCCUCGGCGGAGUUCAGCAUGUCUUGGGAGACCUCAAAGGAGCUUCGGAGACUCUAGAGAAAGCAUCAAAAAUUUACUUAAAUGUACUUGGUGAUACCAAAGACGCUGCUUAUUGUUUCCUAACGUACGGUGAGGUACUGUCUGAAAUGGGAAAUUACAAUUGUGUGUUGGAGCCUUUAAGUAAAGCCGCGGAGAUCAUACUGAAUGUCCGUGGUUGUCACAAAGACACAGCAAGGAGUUAUUACUUACUUGGAGUAGCACAAUUUCAUUUGAAAGAGUUCAGAGGCGCAUUGGAGUCUUUCAAACAGGCAAGUAAAAUGAACCAAGAUCUGUUUGGUGCACACAACCCGGCAACUGUCGCUAGCUUACAGUGGCUAAAUGAAGUAAAGAAAGCUUUGAAUCUACAAAGUCACUGA